AUGGCGCGCUUUCUUAUUUACAUGGCCAUCGUCGCGGCCGGCGUCUCCCUGGGCGGCUGGGUGGUGGCCAGGCGGAUCAGAAGCCUUAGGGCCCGGCGCAGGCUCGUCGACCGGUACCGAGAGGUGUUCCAGGUGCCGAAGGAGCGCCUCCUGGAGCUGCACGGCGACUUCAGGAAGCAGCUUGAAGUGGCAGUCGAGCAGGAUGGUGGGAGCACCCUUUGGAUGCUGCCGUCCUUCGUCUUGGACCUCCCAAACGGGACCGAGGCUGGCGACUUCUAUGCAAUAGACGUUGGUGGCACCAAUCUGCGCGUGAUGUUCUGCCGCCUCGGCGAGGAAAAAGGAAAAGUGGAGGUGGAGGAGAGAGUCGAUAUGGUGGUCCCUGAAGUCAGAAAAAAGGGCACCAGUCGGGACCUCUUCGACUUCAUCGCCACCUGCUUGAAGUCGUUUGUGCAGAAAACUGGCAGGCUGCCCAGCGAUGGCGCGCGGCUGCCCGUGGGCUUCUGCUUCAGCUUCCCGCUGGACAAGUUCUCCCCAAAGUCGGGCGUCCUGCUGCACUGGACCAAGGGUUAUGAGUGUGAGGGAGGAAUUGGCAAAGAUGCAUCUGCCAUGCUGGAAGAGGCAUUCGACAGGGUGGGCCUUCCAGCGGAAGUCCAUGUUAUACUGAAUGACACCAUUGGCGUUUUGGCGGCUGGCAGAUACGAAGAUGACCGCACAGACAUCGGAGUAAUCUUGGGCACUGGUACCAAUGCCGCUUGUGUGGGGCAGAAUCUGCACACAGCCAUGUGA